UAAUCAUUCAAAAAACAAAACAGUUUGAUAUUCGGCGAUUAAUAGUGAACAAAAUGACAUCCACGUCGGUUUUGUUACGUCGGUUCACGUGUAAAAACGCUCAAAUGUCAGCAUCAAAAUCGCUGGUGGAUAUCGAGCGUGUGUAUCGCCGAAAUACUCACGCACAAAUCGCACUCAGUGGGACCUUACCUUAACGUUUCCAGCGGCGGCAUCAUUGUUAUUAUUUUUCUUCCGGUUGUUCGUACAACCUGCUUAUCAAAUACUACAAAAAAAAAAAACAAAAAAUCAUUAAUAAUAAUAAUAUUGUAUUUUUAUUGUGAUAAUAAAGUGUUGGUGAAAAUUUUUCAAAUAUCAAAUUUUUUAUGCUCUGCGAAGAAAAAGAGAUCAUCGUCGUAUUCUCCUCCACACAAAUCGUACCUAAUGUUCAAUUUCUAUAACGUCACCGUUCGUCCUAUUACAAUAUAACUCUUUGUUUUUUAAUAAUAUCAUAUAUUUUUUAGUCAUUGUUGUUAUAUUUUAUUUUUACAUCCAAACACACCUAUAAACUGUUUUGGAACCAAUAUUCGAAUUCUAUUCACUAUCGACGAGUUUCACGUAAGUCAUUGGCCCUGUGCCCAUUUAUUGCUCGUCCUACACUAUGACUUUAGUUGUUAUGGCUGUAAUAGUGUAUGGAUAAAAUCAAUUAUAUUUUGUACAUAAUGAGCACAAACAUGUACUUAUAUAUAUAUAUAUAUAUAUAUAUACUCCGUCUAAAUAUUAUUGUUUCUAAUUUUAUUAUUGCUUUCAUUUAUCUAUAGCCAAAGAAUUACAAACAAAUGGUGGCAGAAGAUCCUGCCUAAAAACAACAUCCUGUUGAGACGUGUAGUUAAAAAAUCAUGGAGUUUCAAGUAAGUUAAUUAUAUCUAGAGUUAGGCUAUUAGAUAUUUGUAUACCUAGAUUUUGUCAGUUAAAUAGUUCAAGUAUUAUUAUACAUUGAGCUCUAAUAAAUAUUUUAAACGACACAUUUCAUAUUUUAACAAUUACUCAUAUUGUUAUAUUAUAUUGUGUAGGUAUCUCUAUUUCAAUGCAAUACACAUAAAUCCUAUUAACAUAAUUUAUUUAUUAUUAAAUAUGCAAACAUAAUAGCGUAUAUAUUAAAUAUGUGAUAUUUUAAUUGCCCAUUUACUAAGAAUAUGAAUAUAUUAAACAGAUAUAUAUAUAUAAUCAAUAAUUACUAUUAUUUAAAUUAUCUGAAUAUUAUAUUUUUGUAUUGCCAUGCCAAAAAAAAAAGUACCUAUAUUGCUUCGAACAAAUUUUAUUUUGUUUAUCAUUAACAUAAUUUUAUUGAACAUCUCAGUAAUUAGAAUAUCUAUCCAAUUUUCUUCUAAACCUGUUUCUUUAAUAUUUAUUAGUUCAUAGUAUACCUAAUUAUACUUUUGCUAUUAAAUUACAUAAGACAUGUUUAUAUUAGCUAUAGGUACUCAUUAUUUUUUAUGUUGAAUUUCAAUUUACCUAUAUUAUUUAGCUGACAAAAAAUGUAACCCAAAGUAAAAUUGUAUGACACAUAUAAAAAAUUAAUAUUGAUAUUUUUAAAUUGAAUAAUGAUGUUAGAAAUUCAUAAUUUAAAAGGUAAAACUACAUAUUAUAUUAUUAUUUAAAUAUUUAUUAUUAAAAAUAAAAUUAUUCUACUUUCUGUAUCUACUGUGUUAUUAACAAAUUAAAAAGAAGCACUAAUCAAUUUUCAAUUUUCUUCUUUGACUUUAAACUAUUGUAUUUAUUUUACAAUAAUAAUUAUCAUAGUUGUUAUAAAUAUUUUCUUUGUUAAAUUAUGUUAUUUACUCUUUAUGUUUCACACAAUAAUAAUUAUACUUAACUACUAAAGUUAUAAUUUUGUUCUAUGCCUAGUCAAAACAAGGUUUCUCGUUACCUAUAAAGUGAACAUUUUAAUACUAAAUUUAUCUUUGGUAGUUUAAUAUUUAAAUAAUUUAAAUCUUUGUACCUAUUAUAAAUGUAUAAAUAUUUUAAAUACAAUAUGCCUUAUUAAAAGUUAAUAACUUGAUUUAUGUAUUAUACAUUUUUAAAUAUAUAUCACAAAUCUCAUAUCUAUGUGUUAAAUUAAUUUAACAUAAUAUAUUAAGUAUCUAUAAUAAUAAUUUUGAAAGGACCAAAAAAAAUAUAUUUGUAUUAUCUUAUACACUAAUAGUGACUUGUUGGUUGAUCUUGACAUGAGUUUGAGUCUCGAAUGAAUAAAAAUAUAUUUUUUUUUUUGGUGAAUCACUACAACUUAGAAAAAUUCAUAGUUCAAUUAAACUCGACCACCCCUGCUAUACACUAUGUACUAAACAAUAUUCAUCAUUAGAUAUGGAGAAUAAAAAAAUCUGAUCAAAAUAAAAUUUUAUUAUUGUAGUUAUUUGAUUACUAAAUUGUAAAUAUUAACAAAUAAUAAUGUAAUAAAAAUAUUAUAAGAAAUUAAUCAAUUAUAAUACUUAUUCAAUAUUCUUCUUAAAAAAUUUUAAUGUUUGUUUUUAUUUGUUAUGAACAUAAUAAUUUAAAUGUUUUCUGCAGUGGGUAUACUUAUUGAAUAAGUAUCAUUUUGUUUCCUUAAAUCAAUCCAGGAGACAUAAAAUAAGCUGAAAUUAAAAAAAACAAAAAUGAUUUCUUAAAAAUUUGAUAGAAAAUUCUAUAUUAUUCAUUAUUAUUUAUUAUUAUAUCAUUCAUUAUUAAAAAACAAAAUUUUUUAUUGUAGUAUUUUUUUUGUAUAAGUUUUUAUUUCAAAUUUAGAUAAUAGAAUUAUUAUUUAUGGUUUCAAAACCGGUAAAUGAGUAAAUGACACUUGUUCAAAAAAUGACUACAGUAAAUUUGUUGCCAACCAUCAGACAAUCCGAAUAAUUUUUAUCAGACGAGUACCACUAGUAUACUAUAGAAGCAUAAAUAGGCAAUUUAUUACCCUUCUCUAUUCUUCCGGUCUAAACUUUAAACUGUUAUAAUUCAUAAACGGCAAAUCUGAUAUUAAUAUUGUGCAUAUAAAAAUGUCUAGAAUAUUAUUCUGUGUUCAAAAGAGGGGGUUCCUAUUUCAAAAUCAAAAUUAUGCACUUAUUUAAGGUAUAUGGUGUGGGGGUAAAAAAUUUAAAUAAAGCUUAAACGAUUCCAUAAUGAUUAAAAAAAAACAGAAAUCAAAUUCACGUAAAAUCAUCUAAGAUAAUUUCUGGUUCAUGAUAAAAGAAAUCACCCUGUAUACAUUUUACCAAAUUACCUACCUAUAUGUAAACUAACUAACGAAAAGCCUAAAUUUCAAAUUGCUAUAACUCAAAAGCUAAUGGCUUGUGUAAAUUUAUUUUAGCAUCUUUAAAACGUAGGUUUUGAAAAAAAAAAAUUGCAAAAAUCAUGUAAUAACUAAACUGCACGUAUACCGAAGAUAGAUAUAUAGUAAUGUAUCUUACAUUGUGAUCGUAACUUCAAUAUUUGAUGAGUCGACAUGAAUUUUAAGAAUUGUCGAAUAAUCAAAUAUUAUAAUUUGCCUUGUAAUUGUGAUAGUGUGAGUCAUGAUAAUACGCAUCCAUUGAUAUUAUUGUAUUAUUGAUAAGAAUAUAAAAUUCGGAAGUAUUUUUUUAAAAACAAUUAUAUCUUCUAGUCUAAAAGUCCUAUAUACUUGGAAAUACAUCUAUUCGAUUGAGGACAAUUUGAUCUUAAAAACCGUUUAAUAAUAAUUUUUUAUUAGUUUCACCAAGAAAAAAAAAAACAAUAAAUUUCCUAUACUUUACAUGUAAAACAAAUAUCACUAUUGACCAAAUCAUAUUCUAGGGAUUUGCGAUAAUUUUGGACCACCUUAGUUUGCACAGAUUAGCGUCCUUUCUCUAGUGUUCAAAAGGUAUACUACCUGUCCCGCUUUCAAUUCCCUUCUGUUUAUUCUGUGGUUAUACUGUCACCUUAUAUCUAAUAUUAAAAUACACUAUAUUUAAUAUAGUUUAAGUAAUGCUAAACGAAAUUUAAUACCAAAUGAUAUUAUUUACACGUUAUUAUACAGAUUACUACCAAAACGACCACAAUUUAGUCAUGUAUUAUUAUAUUAAAUUUCUACUUUUUCUUUUAAAAAUAAUUUUGUUCAACACAAUUUAGUUCAAAACAAAUUCAAAUGCAUUAGGUUUGAUUAUUUCAAAUAUUUUAAUGCAGCUGGUUUUCAAAUAAAAUGUGUAUUCUUGAUGUACUAUAUUAUAAUAGUAUACUUAGUUUAUAAUUAAAAAAUAUAUAAUAUAAUAAAACUUGAUUUCCUCUGUUAUUGAUUAGUUAUUUUUUGUACCCAUUCAUUCUAUUUACUUUGAUAAUAACAUAAUUAUUUAGUUUUCUGGGAAAAUAUAGUAAAUUUACCACUCAUUAAAAUUCUAUAUAAAAUUAUAAUUCAAUAUUUGCUGGAAAUUCCUUCAUGUAGAGUAUGUUUGAUUGAAACCAACUGAAUAAUAAUAAAAUUCUAAACUAAUUAGUAGUAUACCAAAUUAUAAAAGGCCUAAUUAAUUUUUUCAUUUAAAAUUAAAUGAAUGUAACAAUUAUUUAGAAAAAAAAAAUAAUUUGUUGACAAACUUUUGAACUUUGGUUCAUAGGAGUAGAAUAGGAAUAAAGUAUUUAAAUCGAUAGUUAGAAAGUAAAAGGGCAUAAACGUCACUUUUUCAAAUGGACUUUUUUGGAUAUUGUCUUAAACGGCAAGAUUCUACAUCGAUUAAUCCAACCUAAACAUCGAUAUCAUCUAUUUACUAUUAACAAUCAAUGUUUUAAAAUGUGGUCAUAAACAUAAACGGCAUUCAGUAAAACGUGAUUGGACGUAAGCGUCAUAGUUGGUGGGUUUAUUCAAUAGAACAUAUUUGGUUUGUAAGUGUCAGGUACAGAAAAGAAAACGGUCCUAAGAAUAUUUUUUCCCAUAUUGGCUAUAAUUAUGAACAAUUAAUCCAUACCAAAAAUCCAUUUCUGAAUAGUAGAAAAUUAAAUCUUUAAAGAAAUUUGAAAUUUUGAAAUUACAAAUGCGUACAAACUAUAUUUGAUAAAUCAAUGGGAAUAAAAAUUAAAUACCUACAUUAUAAUUUUCACCUAAUUUUUGCUAUUGGUAUUUUAAUUGAUUAGUAACGCUCCAUUAUAAAAUGACAAUGCUAUAAAUCCAAUCAUAUAAUUUAUUGUUUGCUUUUAUUAUUUUUUUAAGGAAGCUUAAAUACCUAUUUUUUUUCUUAUUAACUAUAUGCCUUGUGCACAAACAUAUUUGUAUACUGUAGUCUAAAUGAGUACCGUAUAUUAUUAAUAUUAUAAUAGCUACUAUAUAUUUUGUACAAUUUAAGGGAGUUCUAAGAUCAAUGUACUUAACAGUUAGCACAAGUAUAAUCAAAAUUAACACCAUACACUUAAUUUAGAUAAUCCAAUGUCAAUAGUUUUCCAACUUGAUUUACGUAACCACUCCUAGUGUCCUUAUUCAAAUAUUAAUAAUUUUAAUUUUAAAAAUUUCAAAAUAAACUCGAAAGAUAAUCAUUUUUACAAUUUGGUGUAUUUAUGAAUAAAAACAAAUUAUUUGCAAAACUCUUAAUGUGUGAAUAGACACAUGAGCGUAUUUUUUAAAACUCUCUUAAGAUGAAUUAUAUGUAAUUGAAUCUAAACGUUUUAAAAUAUACCGGAAUUGAUCCGUGAUCUGACUUAGUUAUUGUAAUUUAAUGACUAGGUAUCGCAUAUCAUUCAUUCUAAUUUUCUUAGAGAAAUCAUAAAAAUAUUAAAUUUAUAUAUUUUUACAGUUAGACUUGAAAUAAAACAUUUCCAAUUUGAAAAAAUUAUUUUUAUGUUAAAAAAAAAAUUAACUAAAUAAAAUGUUGAUGAAAACUAGUCGUUCAUUAAAACUAUUUUAUUUAACAUCUGAUCGAAACGAUUUUACUAUGCAAAUUGAAACUGCAGUUCGGUUAAUACAUAAACAAAGUAAUGUGUUUAUUCCUGUAAUAUGUAAACUUCGGUUGUAGUAAAAUAAACCAUUAUUAUUACGAAUGGCUAAAUGCUCUAGCGAUAAGAGAACAAAAAAAAAAAAAUAAAAAAAUGGUUUUAUUUAUUAUGUUAUCAAUGUUUCGUCCGUGUUUUAAUAAUUAUUUAUCGAACGGUCAUUUUUAAAUUGCACCGAACAACGAUUUCAUUAAAAACAGUAUUAUUAAUCAUUUAAUAAUAAGCGACGAACAGUCUUUAUCUUUAAAUACCAGAUAGCACCACAAAAACCUUGAAUUGCAUAAUAAUAGCGUGUUUAUUCAGACUGGAAGGAGUCCAAGUCCGCGCGUAUGGGCUCUUCUCGUAUUAAUUUUAAUCCAGCUCCAGUCAGUAUUUACCGGUUAUUAGUCUUUGCAGGCGGUUCAUUUUUGCACGCCCCGUCGCGUUUGUGCCGUUACGUAUUCGUUCGCGAUUAAUGAUCUAAAUAUUUUUUUUCAUUAAUGUGCGUGUGUUCGCGUGUGCUUGUGCGUGUAUAAUAAUCAACAGCCGAAAACGGUUAUAAUUUUUAUAUUGGACAUUUUAAAUUCCGCUCGUAAAAUUUCCAUAAUAAUUGAUUUGUAUCGAAUUUUGUAUUAGUUUUUAUUAUAACUUUUACAUUCGAAUUUUGUGACCGAGUAGAAUCUUUUACGCGUUCGUUUUAGCGGUACCUACUGUAAUAAUGUGGUAAAAAAACUCACAAGAAUUGCAUUUAUUUAAAAUAUACAUUUUUCAAUACUACCUACGUACAUUUUAUUACGCUUAUACGUAUAUCAUUAUACGAUUAUUAUUAUUUUUUUUUUUUUUUUUUUAUAGUGGUCUACACACGAUUGUACCGAUAAAUUAAAAAAAAUAUUCAUAUCAUGUUUGUUGUGAAAAACACGUCGAAAUAUAUUAAACAUAACGUAGGUACCUAAGUGCAUAUACAUACUAUUGUCCUUACAAUAUAAUAUAGAUAACAAGGUAUACAGUGGCGUAUCAGUGGCCCAACCGGGAGAGGGAAUGGGGGUGUCUGUACAUCCUCCCUCCAUCUGUGUUUAAAUAAAAUAAAUUGAUUCAACCGUGUUUUUUUGUGUGUGUAGAUAUUUGACAAUUGUUUCGAAAAAUCCUAAUUGCGUUAUUGUGACGUAUUUUUAACUAUUUCUGGGGAGGAGUCCCUGGGCAUUUUUCGAAGGAGUCCAAAAUGUAUGUAUGUAAAUUCUAAUCGCCUAACUAUAUAAUUUAAUACAGUUCAUUAAUAAUCAGUUUUUCUGAUAAAGUCUAUCGUAAAAGUACUUUGCCUUUAUUACAAUUAAUUUAAUAAUCAGCCGCAGCUUACUGGAAACUUAAUUGUACGACACAACUAUGUAUACAAUUUCUUUACCGAUCCAUUUAACUAUAAUAUGCUGCAAGAACAUUUUUUCUAAUUAGAUUCGAUUUACUUUGUUUUUGUUAUGGGGGGACCCGUAUCCCUGGACCUCCCCCUUCAAAUACGCCAUUGGCUUGAUACCUUUAUUAUAAUUAUGGGUCAUAUUUUAUCAUACUUAAAAAUUGUUCAUCUUAUUUCUAGUGGCGCCCAAACUAUACUUCGAAUGUAGCAGUUGUUACACAUCAUAUUUAGGAUGGGUGGGUGUUACCGGUAAUUUGGAUUUGGGGUAAUCGGGUAGAAUGGGUAUAAACAUUUAAGGUAGUAGGUUUUAGGGGUAGAAAAGUAUAUGGGUAAAAGUUGUUAAGGUGGUCGAUGAUUUUGAUUUUCAAGUUCUGCUACAGCGUAGGAUUAUUAUAGUUUGGGCGCUACUGCUUAUUUCGAUGAAUCACACACGUACCAUACAAUAGUAUCGGUACGUUGAUAAUUCGAGAUUCAUCAUCAGAAUAAUAUUGUGAAAGUUAUUUCCAUAGAAAUUUUUUUUUAAUUCCGUGUUAAUCAUUGAGUUUUAACCAUUAUUGGUAUUCAAAUUAUUAUUUGAAAUUGUGUAUAUGACGAACUGUAAUAAUGGAACGCGUGAUUUUCUCAGAUAAUUUAAUUUUUUUUACGAUUAAUCAUUAUAAUGUUACGAUUUAGAUAUACAAGUCAAUUACAAACAAAAAAAGUAUAUAAAUUUAUGUACAUAUAUUUUACAUAACUAUUUUACGUAAGUAAUUUAUAUUAACAUUUCAACUUAUAACUGCCUAUAUAGACAUUUACAACAAAAAAAAAAAACGUACGAACGAAGGUUUUGAAUUCGUUAAAUUUUUGGCCGACAUAAACUGAUUUAAUCUCUCGUCAUAACGGCGGUCGGAUUAAAACGUCAAGAUUUCCACAAAUCGACCAUCUCUGUGUCUAUAUAUUUUCAGAAACGUCUAUAUAAAACUCAUUUCGUCCGUUUCGCGUUAUUUAUCGCAUAUAGUUAUUAUACUCGAGUCCGAAAUUCAUUUGUAUUUUUUUUUUUCUAUAGCAACUGUAGGUAGGCGAGUUUAAACAAUACUAUUAUAUUUGUCGCGGUACACUUAUACUCUAUAAAUACGUACUUACUAUUAUAAAUUAUAAUAAUUGUAUAUGGUUUAAUUAUUAUUAUAAUCGUUAAUCGUGUGUAGACUAUCUAAUUAAAAACAAUUUAUAUGACGUUUUGUUGUCCGAGAAUUAAAAUGCUAUUUAGUUGUGUACCUAUAUUACACGUCACCAAAUCAAAAACAAUUUUUUUAUUUUUAAUCUGUAAAUAUAUUUCAAAAAAACGUAUUUGAUAAAAUAUACUUGAGGUGUGUGUGUGUUCAAGUCUUAGUUAGGUUUAGGUACUUAUAUAUUCCAUAUACUACAGUUCAGUUAGAGUCGUUCUAUUAUAUCCAUAACUGUAUAUAAUAUAUUAAAAUAUGUGGAGGUAUAUUAUAGUUUCGAAUAAAAACGUGUAACGUUUAAAUCGCAACUAUAAUCUAAUAGUUCGAUAAAUGGCUUUUACGUCUGUUUUAGUAGAUAAUUAGAACGGUUAAAAUAAUUAUUGCACCUUUCUUUGAAAUCCGAUAGAUUCUUUAUGUCCCAUGUCCGGAACACAAUAAAUUAUUAUUUAAUGUGUAAUGGCCGUGUAAUAGAUUCCACGAUUACGUCAAUAUUAUUGGAUUUUAACGUUCGCGAAUGUAGGUAAACCGAACAUCUCCGUAAACAUUAUUAUACACCGGUGAAACAACAAAAUAUCAUAUUCCCAUAACCGUGUUAUGAAAUUAUCGAGAAACAAAGUUUUAAUCGCGCUGUCCAAAAAUAAUAAUAAUAGCAAUAAGUCGAUCCCACAUUUUACCUUGUUUGAUCUUAUUUAAUCUUGUUAGGUUUUCCAAGGACGUAAAUAUUAUAAAGGAAUUCGUAUUUUUAUAACAACCUCUGUCGUAUAAUAUUUUUGUUUCUAAAACUUUUUACGGUUUUAAUUAUUCGGUCCUUAAAAAAAAAAUACUGCUGGGGGACCUUUCCGCUUUCGUAUGUAUAAGAAUAUAUAUACGCCACUUAAACACGUUAUUAUAGAAAAAUCGCUGUUUUUGGCAUAAGUCCCUCGGUUGACAUGUUCGAACUAAAUUUAGCCCGAUUUAUCUUACCGCACAUGCGAUGACACUUAGGAAAAAAAAAAGAAAGACGUAUUUACAUUAAUAAUUGUGCUACCGUGUAAAAUACUGCAGGAGGAAAGUGAGAAGAAAACGAACGAUUUUAUUACCCUAUUAUAUAUAAUGCACGUCUAAAUAAACCCGUCAGGGUGUGUCGCAGAAACGUCAUUAUACUCGACUUACGUGCUUACGUGCUAUACACACAUGCGCCGUAUAUGUCAUGUACACCUUGUAUAUAAUAUAAUAAUUAUAUUUUGUUAUAAAAUAUGCGUUUAGAUAGGUUAUGCGCUGCGUUAUAGUUGUUUUUUUUUUGUUUUUUUUUUUUUAUGAUAAAGGGUCGUGUGAAAAGUACUUAAUAAAAAAAGUACAAUAAUACAAUGCCUGGUGCUCUGAUAAAUAAUUCCGCAUGAUGACCGCUAGAAUGUGUAUGUGUGUGUGGUUAUUUUCUAUCAGUUAAAUUUCUCGAAUACGUUUUAAUAAAAUUAAUUUUUUUUUUGUUCUGGUGAAAGUAUAUAGCUAUACAAAUAUACAGGCCGAUUAUUUUGUCGUUGACUGUUUUAAUAGUAUUCUCAAAGUUAUCUAUAUAAUGUAUAAAAAAAAAUGACCUUUUUUUUCAAUUCGCAUACUUACUUACCUCGUAUUCGUCAUUAUUGCUAUUAUUAUUGACUUCUCCAAACGCGUAUUCUAUAACGAAAACCGACUUUCGUCCUCGUUCGUCUUACAAAAAAAAAAAAAAUAAUAUCAAUUUGUUCAAUGCAUUUACCGGAAAUUAGUAAUACACGAUUAAACCGCUACAACAUUAGUCCGAUACUGUGUUAAUAUUUCCUUUGGCUUAAGAUAUUAUACAAAAGUUUAGAUACGGUUAAUAAUCGCCCGGUAUAUAUCAUGGGUUAAAAUAAUCGAUCAAAAUUAUAAUUUAUAGAUAAAAUAUUAUUAGAUAUGCGGAUAAUAAAAUGAAUAAUUACAGUAAAAACGUCUAUGUGAAUACGUAAUUCUCGAAUUAUUCUUUAAUCUGUCACUAGGUAAUAUAGCUAUAAUAAUAAACGAUAAAAUAAUCACCCUGUAUACGUGUACGUAUAUACACACGCGUAAAACGUUCGGUAGGUAUUUAUAUAAUAAUAUUAUAAAUAAUAUUUAUUUGUGAAUUUUUUUUUUUUUUUUUGUUGUUAACUAAGGUGUCGGGGACACACCUGUUUGCCGUCGUUCCGUCCCGCGUUAUUGCACUCUCCGCGUCUUUAUGCCUAGCUGAAACCCGCGGCGUCGACCGCGGUGACCGUACCCUAAAAACGACGCCCAUUCACAUACGCAUAAUAAUAAUAUUUUCAAUAUAAAUGCAUUUUGUAAGCAUACUCAUAUUAUACCUACACGAUACCGAAUAAUAUGUAAACGAAACGCGCGUUUCGUUUGUUACAAAUCAAAAAAAAAUAGAAAUAGAAAUAGACUCCCCGAAAACUAUGACGACGUAGAACAUGAAAAUGUACGACGGUAAAAUCCGACGACGGUUCCGCAAUCGUUGGCUCGUGCCGCUGUCGCCGAUGCUGCUGCAGUCCGUUUCCGUGCUUCUGGACAGCCCGCACCCGCACCGUACCGAAUCUAUCGGCCGCAGUUAUUAUGUUGGCCGACGUACAUGACCGCGUGCUGUCGGGCCGACGGUCGCAAUAUCUGCACCGGGUAAAAUGUGGAAUCCAAACGCGGUACCCGGGUCCCGGCCGCACAGUUACCACGGCGGCAGCGUCCUCUCGUCCGAACCGGAUGUCGUCGGCGGCAGUGCCGUUCCGAAAGCGAGCCGCAGACGAAAUCUGGUCGCCAAGUUUUGGUUCGCUGCCGCCUCCGUCGCGACGGACACCAGGCGCGACAAGCCGGCCGCGGCCGUCCGGAGACGGCCGGCCCAGACCCCGUCGACCAACGGCGGAUUCUCCAACGUUUCGCACACUUGGCGUUUCACACGGCUAAGGUAGGCCCACGGGUGCUGUUCAUCGUCUCUCGUCGAUACUGUCCGGCCGACCGCGGCAUAUUGUUGUACCAUUAGUAUUAUUAUUAUUUUAUAAUAUAUAUUGCGUCAUCGAAACACGAGUUCGACCUCGAAAGACAAAAAAGGCGUGCGCGCGCGUGUAUGUGUGUGUGUUUAGAUGGUCGUCGGCGACACCCGAGUGGGCGGCAUUUUUUUUUUCUCUUCGUACCCAGGUAUACAUAAUAUUAUACACGAGCACUUUAUAAGAAUAUAGGAGACCUUCCCUCGAUGUUAUUUUAUUGUAUAGGUAUAAUGUUAUAAUGCAUCCGACUGAAAAAUAUUAUAUUAUUAUGUAUUACGGUUCGGCAGAUGUUGGUCGUCGCCGCCGCGAGACGCAUACAAUUCACACACUGCUCGCGGUUAAAAUAUUAUGGUAAAAACCAGAUUCAAAGUCGUGUGCAGCGGCGAGCUCGUGUGUGCCGGUGUACCGAUAUUGCUGCAACGCGAAUUACGACGGGUUUUGUUCGGUUGCCAGCAAGUCGAGUCGUCCCAUUGUCCUUCGCGUGGACACAAAAAAACUUUAGGAUCCCAUUUUUAUUUUAUUUUAUUUUUUUUUUUUUUUUGUCAUCGUUCGCUCUAUUAUCGUCGCCCAUCAUGUCCGUCCGCGACGUCCUUUAAACGUGUCCACGCACAUAUAUGCUUCCGUAGAAAAUCCGUGCCUUCUAUAAGUCGUUAAUUUUUAUUUAUUUUUUUUUUCGAGACGUGUAACGAUUUAUUUUCUACGUCAUUAUUUCAUUAUGUAUAUAUAUUUAUUGUAUUUCGAACUUAUCCGUCUGGCCACCCAUUUAAUAAUAUAUACGUACCUGUAUACUUUGUAUUCUCUACCUAUUAUACCUACAUCGUAAUCGCAAAAUGUUUUAAUUCCUCGGCUUUCUACGUGGCCCACGACCAUAAUAUCGUAUGCAUUAUAUUAUGAGUAUUUUAAGUAUGUAUAAGUAGGUAGGUACUUAAACUCGGCCACUAUAAUAGCCAUUACCGUAUUUCUAUGUACGUUCUCCCAAGGCACUGCGUUCUAAAAUGAUUAAUACAUUGGGAAUGUGUUAAAAAAACGAUAUUUUUCCUUAAAAUUCCAGCGAAAUAAAAGCCAGACAUACUCCGAACCACGGGGGUAGUCCAGUGAUUUUAGGAUAUUGUAUUUUAGCUGUUGUCAUUUUGUUUAUAUUUUACUACGAACGACCACGAAUUGUUGAGGUUUGUAGAGCUCGAUCAGAAUGUAUCCAUAUGUGUAACCAAUUAGUAAACCCAAAAUCCACAUCUUUUAAUGCAUGUAUCGCGUGGAAGUUUUCAAGCAAUUUAAUUAACCGAAAGUAUUUUCUAAGAAAAAAAAAAAUUAACUUUCGUUAUACUAAUUUAGAUUUAUUACUUUUUGGGUACACUGUUAAUAAUUCUUACGGCCUAAAGUACAUCUGAAAUAGUUGUUUUUUUAUUUUCUUUACCCAACUUCAGAUUCCUAGGAUUUAUGCGAUUUAGUUCAUUUGAAAAGAUAUUAUCUAUUAGUUGAACGAAUAAUAUAAUAUAUUCGAAAUUAGGAUCGCGUAUUACGUUUUUUCUUCAUCUAUGUGUAAAUUUAAAUUUUAAACUAAAUUAUAUACAUUUAUUUUAAGGACAUUGUGAGUUUUAGUUCCUACACUUCUCCUACACGCUUUGUAUACUUGAUGGUACACUGAGACAUAAAUUAUUGCGAUUCUGAAAUUAUUUAUUAUUUCAUUGGCGUUAAUAAAGAAAAAUGAAUAAGGAAAUAAUAUUAUUGGUACGUUAUACCGUGUCUGACUGAUUGCCAAACUAUAUUAUUAUUAUGUAUUGACAAUCUAAUGAAUUAAUAAUAUCUGUACACAAUAAAGUUAUUAUUCGUCAUUGCUCAUUACCCAUAAACAAUACGUGCGAGUGUUCCAAUAACUUAAUUAUUUUGUAUAAAAUUAUACAUAUUACGAUCAAAGUAUAAAAUCGAUCAAUGUUUGAAAUAUCCUAUAUACACAUGUGCCAAGUAAGAAAAUAUCUGUAAUUUACCAUAGAUGAUCCUAGGCAAUGUAAAAAUACGUAUUAUUCAGUUUUAAAAAAUAAACGAAUUUAUUAGAUUUUUGUUUAAAUGGCUUUUUCGAGUAGAAACGUAACGUUGAACUUUCCAAAUGUAUACAGUCAAAAAAAUAUAAUUACCUAUUAUAUUUAAUAUUAUCUUUAUUCUAUUCACAUAAAUUCGAAAAAUAUAAUAUAUUAGUUAUGAACUUGUAGUCUCCUGUCUUCGAUAACGUUUAUUAUCAACAGAUCAAUAUAUUUUUUAGUAUAUAAUAUAUUAUUGAAGUUUUAGAAUUAUAUAAAUUAUAAUUUAUAUUUGACCAAAGAAAAAUUGGCAAUAUGUACAUUUCUUUAGCAUUGUACAUGAUAUCUAGACAAUUUAAAAGAAUUUUACUUUGACCGAUAUUGUGUAAUUUUAAAAUUUCAUGUCAUGAACCAUUUUUUUUUUUUUUCAAAAUUUCAAUGCAUUUGUUUUAAAAUAAUUAAAUAGUAAAAUACUAUAAUAUAAUUCUUUAUAAAGUAGUUUUUUUUUUAAUUUUAAACGAACUAUAUACAAAACAUAAAAUAUUAUUAAAAACUUCAGUAAAAAAAAUACGGACAUACUUCGCACGAUAGUGGGCGACUGUUGUAGGUGAGUAGUUGAGAAGGUACGAUAUAAAAGGGAAUUUUAUGUAUAGCUGUACUCAACGAUUAAUCUUUGCUAACGAAAAAUGAUUCUGUGCGAAGUAUCUUGUUAUACAUGUUUUGAAAGGCCGUAAUAUUUACAAUUUUCUUCAACAUUUGAUAAGUACUAUGUAAAAAAAUUCUACAUUACACUCAAUUUUUUUUAAUUUUUUGACCACUAAAUACGACUUAUUAUGAACCUUUGAAUUAUGAAUUUUUGUACACAGUUUAAAAAAAAAAAAUCAUUGUAAAACCAAUUGUAAUUCCACUUUUCGCUCAUAGUCUAAAUCAAAAUUUAAAAUUAUUUAUUUCGUAAAUUUUCCCAUUUUUCUUACGGUAUUAUGAAACUAAUUAGAAAUUCAAAAUAUGACCAGUCUUAAGUACCAAUCAGAUAUAUUUCUUCUUCAAAAAAAGUGCUACGCUUGAUAAAUCGGAACAAGAUUUCUGGUAGAAUUGUUGUAUACAGUAUAAAAAGAAGAAAAUAAACACUAUUGAAAAAAUACAUUCCUCGCUCCGCUCAGAUCUAUAAAAUGAUGCCUACUGCGUACCACAGUUUGAGAACCUCUAUUAUAAUACAUUGUACACAUUGCCUGAGAAUUUCCUACUUAGACCGUAACAUUAUAUUAUAUAAUUAUGUCACCAUUUCAAUAAAGAAUGUUAAAGGUCUCUAUAAAAAUGAUAAUAAUAACAAUAAAAAUAGUCUAAAAAUUAUUAUAAUCGUUGAUGAAAAUUAUAAUAUAAUGUUUUAAUAUUAUAAAUUAAGUACUUGUAUAUGAUUAUAUUAAAUAUGUUUAAAAGUUCAUAACAUUCAAUAUUAUUAUGUUUAACAUCUUUAUAGGUAUAUGCUUACGUUCUUAUUGAUAUACUUCUAAAUGAGGACACAAAUACAUCAGUAGAGUACCUGUAGAGAGCAUAGGGGAUAUUCGCCCCCCCCCCCUCGUGAGCCGUAUAAUUAUACAUUAUACAAAUUAUAAAUGUGCAUUGUUAUUUAUUUUAGUGUUUUUACAAUUAUUUAUAGAAAAAAAAAAAAUGUUUCAUGAAAUAAUUAAUAGUAUGACAUCAUGGUCAAGUCCAUAGAUAUUAAAAUAUUUGUAUUAUCUAUAGUCGAACCGGAUCAAGGUUUCUAGUGUUAUCAUUUCGUUUUGGCGGUUCGACCCAUGACUAUAGAUUCGAUGGUUGAACCAGAACGUAUCGUAUAAUACAGUGAUCCGCGACCAAUAAGGUUCUUAUCUCAGCCGUGUUGAAAACCUAGAGGUACCACAUUAAAUUUACAGUCGAGUAAAAUCAUGGAUAUAAAUAGCUGUAUAUUUUAUGCCAUGAUUUAUAUUUUUAGUUUUAUCGAAUUAUCCUCGAAAAUUGAAACUAUCACACUAUGUUGUGAUGUUAAUAUUGUAUACCAAUUAAGUUAUAAUAGUAUUUUUUUUAAAUAAAACGACACAUUUAUUAAAUCUUAAAUGCAUUAUGUAACUACUGUAUAUUAUACUUUCUGUGGUUUUGUAUAACUGUAUUGACGCAUACAUAUUGGUAUAAAUACAACAAAUAUAUCAUAAAAUUAUAAAACAAAUAUAUAUUAAAUAUUUCAGUUUUAUGUUAUAUACAUUCCAAAUUUAGAUUUAAAUUGCGACUUUAAAAAAAAAAACUUCAUGUAUUUAAUCAGACACGUUUAUAGAAUCUGUAUAUUUUCCAAAGCUUAAUUCUAAUGACUUGAUGAGUAGGUAAAUACAUGUUUUUAUUUGGAUGUAUUAAAAUACCUCUUGUUUUCAUAUUUAUUUUGUUAAGUCGGCCGCGGAGUUUGAUGUAUAUAUUGGAUAUGUAACCAUAUCCAAUAUUUACAUAAUAUAUAGAUUCUAUGUAAGCUUUCUAGCUAUACUUGUGUACUAUACUGAAUAUUUAAUGUAUUCUAGAUAGCGUUAAGUACCCGUAGAUUUUCAACGCGGUUGUAAUAAGAACAUUUGUCCGUGAUUGGAUUCCGUGACGCGCAACCAUCCAACUAUAGUCGUGGUUCAAUCCAAGGUUUAGGUGUGACCGUUGUCUUUUAUCAUUAAAUUUAGAUUAGAAAUGGCAAAAAAUUACGAUUUUCGAUGUAUCGUAGAUAUAGUAUCGAUACCACGAUAUAUCGUCAUCAAUUUUCUCAAUAUAUUAAGAAAAAAUGUUUACCCAAAACAAAAUAUAAAUGUAACAUUAUAAAAUACUCACCACCAAAUAAAAUUGUACAUACUUUGCAGUGAUAUCAGAAAAAAAAUUAAAUUUGGCUAUAAUUUUGAACAUACGAUUACGAGUUACCCGCCUACCAUCCAUAUCGUUUUGCUGUAUGGUAUGAACGAAACGGGUUUAUAACCCGUUCAAAAAUAACUAUUUUUGUUUUACAAUGUACAUUUUUACAUAUCGAUAUCUCGAUAUUAAACAUAAAAUAUCGACGUAUUCAAUAUCUCUUUAAAAUUCCUAUAAAAUAUUAUCUUCUAUAAAAACCGGAGGUUAGACUAUGUACUAUACAUUUAUAAUAUGCAUUAUAAUAUUUAAUUAAAUACAUUUUAAUUAUUUUAUCUAUUAAAAUGUUAUAUUUUUAACAAACAUAAAAGAGCCUAAUUACUGUUUUUAUCAAUAAAAUUGUUGUAGUUGUGAUAUAACUUUUUAAAGGAUUUUCUAUUUUAAAUAGUGGGUGAAAAUAUAUUUUACCCUCCCUCCUCCCCUCAUAAGAAAGACCUUGGUACAUCACUAAAAUAUAUCGACUUGACCUAACCUAUCUAUUAUUUUGUCGACUUAGAUAAAUUAUACAAUCGCGGUCAUUAUAAUUACUGACUGGUAUAAAAUCGUUAAAAUAUAAAAUAAUUAAUUAAUUAGUGUAAUCUGCAUGUGUGUCGGUGUAGUUAGAUGCGUGCGCAAGCCUCACUAUCAGGAGAAGAGGAGAUGGGUGACAAGAGGCAUUUCAUUUUUUUAACAAGAAAUUAAACAUUUAAUAAAUAGUAAACCCAUAACAUAUAAUGAAUAUUUCAUCAAAUAAAUAAAUAUUUGUAUGUAUGAUACUAUUGAGUGUAUAAUAUAUAUAGUAUAUAGAACCAGUAGCACACGCAGGAUUUUGUUUUCGUGAGGAGGAGAAGGAGUCAUACUUAAAGUGAUUUCCUGGAGAGGAGAUACCAUAUAUUAUCAGUAUAGUACUAUCACUAUUAUUAUUUAUACUGAAUAAAUAGUUUUUGAUGAAAUUCAAUUUCAUUAUUUUAUUCUAUGAUUUAAGAUAUUAUAAUGAAGAAUAUAAAAAUUGAUUUAAAAAAAUGUAGUGAAGGAAAACAUUUCAGAGGGGUGGUGAUCCCUAACUCCCAGUCUUUGUACGCCACUGUAAGGGCAUAGAUGUUGUACAAUACAUAUAUAACACUGUUACUAUAUACAUAUAUAAUAUAACACAAACGUGGAUCGAAGGGGGUUCGAGCGCUCUCACAAAUCCCCUUUGAAACGGUAUUUGCCUCUCUGGAACCCUACCAUACAUAGCUUUGUCAUAAAUCCUCUGCGCCCUCCAUCCCACGAAGAAUUUCUAAAUCCGCUAUUGAUAUAAUAAAUCAUAAAUUAAAAUAUCCUAAACUACCUAAUAUUCACAGGUUAUGUAAUGUAUAGGUUUUAUUAUGAGGGUGUGUUUUUUUUUCUGUCUUAGAAUUCCGAAAUAUUGAUUCGAUCUUCAAAUGUAACAUUUUUUAGUGAAACCAAAUUUUAACUAAUGGGUGUAUUGAGGUUAUUGGUUUUCAUUAUGGGUAAUUUUUCUAAUAAUUGAAUAAAAUAGUAAAAUGUACAUCUUAGUUUAAAUGUUGACAAAAAUCGUAAAAAUCCCGGCAUUUGUAAUCGAUUCGACUUAGAAUCGUUAUUAAUGAUUUAUUGUUGCGUACAGAUAUAAAAUAAUAACUCUAUGUAUCCUAUACCUUCUCAACUUCCCAUCUACAACAGUUGCACAUCCGUCAGCAGGAUCAGUUACUUUGUACUUUAUUUUUUUACGGUAGGACACCCCCGCCCUCCGAUGCACAUGCUUAUGAAUGUAGUGAUGUGUCUCUCAUAAAAUGAAAAUCAGUGUACAUUAUAAUAAAUGUUUCACACUUGUAACAUAAUAUUUUUAAUGCUAUUUACCCGAAAUGUUAAUGGUUGACAAUUUAUUAUUAAGUAACCUGUUCCAAAACCAUUAGCAUUUCGUAAUAUUAUUAACGUGUUCGAGUAGUCUAUAAACCUAUUAUGCUUAAGUAUAAUCAUAAAGGUUAGGUAUAUAAGCACCUAAAAGUCGUAGAUAUCUAUUUUAUUGGUGAUGAGUUGGAUGGUAUAAAUUAUUUAAAUACCAAUAACUACUUAUACGAUUUGGAUAGUAAAUGUAUUUGGUUUAGGUCAUUUAGAGUUCAGAAAAAUGUGCGUUAGUAAUUUUAAUAUUUUUUUACAAACAGCAAAUAAUAACUUUAAUCUGUGUUCUUAUCAAUUUUAACUAAAUAUUUCUAAACCCGAUUUUCCAGUCAUGGUAGUAGGAUACCUGAGGAAUUGCCGGCCAAGUCAACGGAAAUGGCAGAAAGUGGUGGCGGGACUGCGACAGCUCCGGUUGCCAAAACCGGAUCGAUCAAAGUACAUUUACCUAACAAUGGAUUCAACAUCGUAAAGUUUAUCGAUAACAUUAAUAUCAAGGUAAACAAAUGUAUACUUAUAUCAUAUUUAAUAUUAUGCUUGAAAAUUGUUGGUACCUAUGUAUUACAUUCAAAUUGUAUGUUCCAGUAUUACAUUAUUUUAACUAAUAAAAAUUCUAUGUCGACAUUGUCAAGUAAAGGAAAUGUUUCAUACAUUUUCUAAGACAUCCUGAAGCUUGUAAAAAGAUUCUAUAUUUUAUAUUAUGUAAUUAAACUUUUUUAAAAAAAUUUAAUAAGUACUGGCCUUUUUUUUAAAUCGUUUAAUCAAUAAAUAAAUAUAUAGUUUAUUAAGUAUUAUUAAAUAUAUCUUAUAAUCAAUAUUGAUUAUACCAUUAUUAUUUUUGAGCAUACUUAAUUUACCACCAGGUGCAUCACAUAUUCCAGAAUUUCAUUUUUUUUUUUUUUUUUUUUUUUUUUUUUUUUUUUUUUUUUGAUUAUGCUAAUUUUAUGUUCUGUGACUUAAGCACUAACAUGAUAAUUGUAUCUAAGGAAGCGAGAAACUAGCCACUUAUUUCAUAACACGAUGUGAAUUGUGAAUAAUAUGUAAUAUUAACUAUUGUAUAAUUUAUUUGGAUUAUCUCUUAUCUAUACUUUAAAGAAACAAUAUUAUAUGAAAGCGUUGAAAGCUAAUAAAUAACAAAUUAUGUAAUACGUUAAUUUGUAUGUAAAUACAAGUAGGUACAAUUAAAAUCAUUUCAGAUAGUAUUAAAAACACUAUCCAAAUACUUAGUAAAUAAAUAAUUUUAAAUACUAUUCAAAUAUGUAAAUUUAAUUGUUAAAAAUUUUUUAAAUACAUUGAAUAUAGUUUCUAUCACAUUUUAGGUAAUUUGAUAAAGAUUAUUAAAUGUUAAUUUUCCUUUGUUGUGUAUCUACCAAUGAACCUAAUACGAAUAAUAUAGAUACUCGCGAGGUCUAUUGUUCACCAAACUAUAAAGUAUAAACUAUGACUAUGACUUCGUCGACAUUUUUUCUCUUUGAAGUUAUUUACGUAGGUACGUAGUAUAUAUCCAAAAUAUGAGUUAUUAUGAUAGAGAUUCGUAUAAGUUCAUCUAUAACUACAACUGCACUAUAUUAUGCAAAUAGGUCUGAAAAGAUUUAGGGAAGAUAUCUAUAAACACAGAAAUGUAUACAAGGAAAAUUAAUUUUGUUGACUACACAAUGUAAUCAUUUCUCGAUAAGAUACUUCAAAACAAAAGAAAAAUAAUACCUAAUAUAAAUCUUACGCAAUCUUACACGGAACACCCGGAGCGGCUAACCUAUAGCAAAGUCGUAACUGGAAAAUAAUUUCGGGGAAAGGGGGAAUUUUAAAUUAAAAAGUAUGGUGUUCUAAGUUUACUGACUAAAAUAAAUAUUUCCCCACGACAUAAUAGGUGUAACACGAACAAUCAAUUUACAGGGGUAGUGGGUAUGAAACUAAAAAUAACUAGUUAAUCAUUAACUAUUUACUUGUAUUUUUUUUUUCAAAAUCGUGUGGCAUAUUUUUAUUCCAUAAAAUUACCAGACAUUAUUAUAUAGAACUACUGAAUGUUGUACACUUUGACCGUGACAUAACACGCGUCCGGGAAUACCUAAUGUUUAAUUUUGUUUCUGUGUUCCAAGGGUAUUAUAUGUCUAGUUACUGGACGUUUGGCCAAUGGUUGUCCUCAGUAUCAAGGGGUCUAUGGACUACAACUUUAUCACCCAUUGUCUGGUGAAGUCCAUUGGUUACAUCAGGAUAGCUCAAUGUCUGAGGUUAUUGCAAUCUUUAUUAGUAUACAUCUUUAAACAUUUAAAAAAUAAUCUUGUUUAUUUUUUCGCAUGUAACAGAUUUACAAUAAAUACGAUGAACAAUAUCCAAUGUCCGAAUGGAGAUUCGAGUUGCGCGUACGGUACUCGCCCGAUGACUUGGAGGACCUAUACGAAAAAGAUCGGUUUACAUAUUUUUUCUAUUACGAUCAAGUAAGACUAUUAUUCGAUUUUUAAUCGGUUUCAAAUAGCUUUUGAUAUAUCGGAAUAACGUAAAACACAUAUUUCUAGGUGCGAUUCGAUUAUUUAAGAAAAAAUGACCCGGCCUCUCGAGUGGAUAUAGAUAUGGCUGUGCAACUUUGCUGUUUACAAAUAAAAUGUUUUUUCAGAGAAAUACCUCAAAUGUCGUUGGAAAAGAAAUCGAAUCUAGAAUAUCUUGAACGAGAAGUGUGCAUAUUGACUAUUAUUUUUUUCUGAUUUUCUAAACACUAGGUAAUAUUGGAUAUUUUUUAUUACCCCUGUAGAUUGGACUUAACAAAUUCCUACCUUAUUAUAUACUGGAAUCAACAAAACCAAAGAAUUUACGCAAAAUGAUUCAGCAACAGUAUAAAAAAGUUUCUCAGACUCUGGAAAAAGAAUGUGUAAUUCAAUUUCUAAAUCUCGUUUGGUCGUUUUACAAAUAUGAUGAAGAACAGUUCAAGUGCUCAAUUGGAGUAAGAUACACCUUCCUUUUUUCUUUUCAAUAUUAAGAUGAAAUUUUAAUUUUAAUAAUAUUUUACAGUCUGGUUGGACAAUACCUGUAGAUUUGGUGAUAGGACCACGGCAUGGAAUAUCUUAUAUCAAUAACCAAGGAUCGACAGUGAGAAAAUAAUAUAUUGAUACACCUAUAUGUAAAUUUCAAUAUUAGUACAUACCUAUUUAUUAUUCAUUUCAAGCCCACAAAAAUGGCAGAUUUUGCUCAUAUUGAAAACAUACAGACGUUUGUGUCCGAAUGUGAAACUCACCGUAAAACCCUCGUUCAACUCCAAGUGACUGAUUCGGCUGACCCUCUGGUGCUUAGUUGUUCAACACUGGAACAUAUGUAUAGCCUGGCUAACCUAAUUGAUGGAUACUGCCAAUUAGCGAGAAAAACAAACAUUUCACUGUGGAACAAAAAAGGUACAAAUGAAUGAUAAUUUAUGUUUAAAGUAAAAAUCAUUAUAAUAUCUAUAUAUUAUCAUAUACUUAAUAGAUGUUUACUUUUAUACAAAUUUUUGUGUGUUAUAAUUUCCAAGCCGCUAUAUGGAACCGGUUUCCUUGCCCAUGUAAUUCUAAAGGUUUGUGGUAACUAAUUAUUUAGAUCCAAUUUUACUCAACUACAUUACUUUUGUUCACAGACUCUGGAAAAAUUAAAACUAAAGUGCCUGCAAGGUUUUCCGAUGAUUAUCUGGAUGAUGGUCCCAUAGAAGAAGAAGGCGAUUACUCAACUCUAGCAAGUAUGAAUUUAAAUUUCAUGCAUUAAAAGUUUUUCUGUUUGAAAAAAUCAUAUAAUUUGUUGCUUUGAAAUUAAAUUGCCUUAAUUUUAUUAUUAAAUAAUUUACAAUUUAAAGAUCUAUCUUCAUAUCUAAAAUUAUUUUAUGAUUAUAACAGAUAUCAUGAAUUUAUUAUUAUAAAUAAGAUGCAGAUUUAUAUGGAUUUAUUGCAUUUAUAUAAUAAAAACAAAUUUAUAAAUUUAAUUAAAAGAGUAAAUAAUUGUGUGAUUUUUUUUUAAUACAUAUGAAUUAAAUCUUGAAAUAGGAACUUAAAUAUGUUACUCAAUUCAAAAAGCGUGUAGACAUAUAUUAAAUAAUAAUAAAGUCAAUAAAAUUGAUUAUAAAUAUUCAGUAAAAUUAAGAUUAAAUUAUUGUCUAAUUUCCCCAAAAAUAAUGACUAUUGUGUAUGAUAUGUACAUAUAUAUUUUCCCUGUUUUUUAAAUUUAUUUUCUGAGCCUUUCAUUCUGAAGUACUUUCAUUGCAUUAAAUAAUUAUAGUGAAUGUUGACUAUAGAUUUGUUGUUACAAUAGCGACAACAAGAAAGAGGUUAUUUAAUGAAGUAUUUCUCUUCCAACUAAGUUUUUGUUCUCUUUAUGUUUUAAUUAAAAUUAUUUUAUACUUUCAAAGUAUGAAUUUCAUUAAAAUUAUUUGUUCAACUGUUACUUGUUAUUUUUCUGUCCAACAAGAUGUGAAAAACAACUAUUGUGUAUUCAGAAGUCAAAUUUACAAUUGUUUUUUUCUUGGGUGAUAAAACUUUUAACACUAUUUAAACAUGUAGUAGAAUACAAAUCUUUAAUGAGUUGCUAUAUAAUUUAUUUGUUUACUUGUUUUCUUCAAAAAAUCAAAAUAUAUUUUUCUAUACUAUUUAUAAGGGUUUUCAAUUAAUGUAAUAAUUAGAAAUUAAUUGUUUUGUUUCCUAUAUAAAAUGGAAUUAAAUUUGUAAUAUUUCAUAAAAAGAAAUGUUUUAUAUUAUAUAUUAGCAUAUGGCUCCGGCAUAAUAUAUAAAUAAUUAAUAAUAAUUUGGUAGCUCAUGAUUUCAGUGUUUUGAUUAAAAUUGGUUACAGUCACACAUCUAAGUAUUUCAUCCAUUCUAUACCAUCCUCAUUGGCUGUCUCGAUUUUUUCAAAACCUCCUGUGAAAUUUGUUAAUGGUCAUUCUUCGACUAUGUGUCUGAUAGUUUGUACUUUCUCGCAGCUACAUAAAGGAAACCCCACCAUUCCCAACUUGUGUAAUGAGUAAUUACAUUUUCUCUGCUCGGUUCUUAUGUGAUUUAAGGUGGUCCAUAAGGCACAGGGCAAGUUGAAUCCUGAAACUCAUACCGUUGGAUCUCCAACCAGUGAUGAGUUUCGUACCUCACAACCUAACCAUGUUCUUUUCCAUUCAUCUUGUAAGUUGCUAUCAUUUUUAAUUCCUUCCCAUAUAAGGCGUUUGGAUUUUAGCCUUUUAUUUGGGUGUUUUGUACUUUGUUAUAAUAGAUUGGUAGGUUAUUAUUCCCUUUAAUUGCCUUUAAUAAAGUUGUAUGCUGCCAAAAGGUUGAGAAAGGUUGCCCUGGACUUCAUCUUUUCUUGAAAAUCAUUUUCUAUGUGUAUUGUUAAAACUAACACAUGUUCACUACAGUUUCUCCCACUUCUAAAACCAGUUUGCUCCCUGGGUAUUGUACCCUCUAUUAGUGGUGAUAUUAACCUUAGAGUAUCUCAAGUAGUUUGUGUAUUAUAGGUCUAUAAUUUCUCGGAUCAUUUCCCGGCAUAUAUGGCUUCAGAAUGGCUACAAUUUUCGCUUUGCGCUAUACUUUAGGGAAAAUGCCUUUAAUUAUCACUGAUGUGAAAAAGCAUGUGAGCCAGAGUCUACUCCUAGAUCCCAGGUUUUUUAUUAAUUCCAGUUAUAUUUGACGAUGCCUGCUGCUUUCCUGUUUUUGACACUUUUUAAGAGAAGAUAAACCUCUUUUUCUAUAAAGUCAUUCAUUAUAGUAGAUUUUUGUUCUCAUACAAUAAUUUGAUUAACAGGUCUGUUGUUACAUCAGAUUAUGUUUGCUCAUAUUCAUUUAACUGUGUGUCGCAUUAUUUUGACCAGCAAGGUAUGUAAUCUUGUCUAUGCCCCCUGGGCAUUGUCUUUUCUGCUGCUGUUUUAAUUAAUUUCAUAAACCUCUUGUAAUUAGAUAGAUCAAUACAGUUUAUAUUUUCUUGAGAAAAAAUAUUUUAAAUUGCGUAGAUAAUUACUUUAAAUUAAGCAGUAUCUGUUUUUCAAAAACAAUUCAUAGUUAUAUAAUUAAGUAUUAUAUUAUGUUUCCAUACUUUUUCUUUAUAUAGAUUGUAAUUACGAACUAUUUCGUGAACAAGUUGAAUUAGGUGAAAUCAUAGGAGAAGGCCAAUUUGGCGAUGUGCAUAAAGGAGUAUGUCACAUGCGCUCAACUAAAAACACACCUGGAAACGCUGUGGCGGUAGCCAUAAAAACAUGUAAACCUGAUGCAGAUAUGGCAACAACAGAUAAAUUUUUAGAAGAGGCAUGUAAGUAAAUUUAAUAAGUAUACAUUAUAUGUGUAUUGUAUAUGUGCUAAAUAAUUAUUCAUUGUUAUUUGCAGAUAUUAUGCAACAAUUUGAUCACCCGCAUAUCAUACGGUUAAUUGGCGUUUGUUGUUCUCCACCUGUAUGGAUAGUUAUGGAAUUGGCCAAACUUGGUGAACUACGAGCAUACUUGCAGAACAACCAGUCACACUUGGAUUUGGCAACCCUUAUUUUAUACUCUUAUCAACUUUCUACUGCUCUAUCGUACCUGGAAUCUAAGAAAUUUGUUCACAGGUAAUUUUUUAAGUCUAAAUAAAUGUGCACAAAUAAAUCAAUCUUUUAAAUAAAUUUAAUAUAAAAAAAAAAUUACAGAGAUAUUGCGGCCAGAAACGUAUUGGUAUCUUCUCAUCAUUGUGUAAAAUUAGCUGAUUUUGGACUAUCGCGAUGGGUUCAAGACCAGAGUUAUUAUAAGGCGUCCAAGGGUAAACUACCAAUCAAAUGGAUGUCACCAGAGUCUAUUAACUUCAGACGAUUUACAACUGCCAGCGAUGUCUGGAUGUUUGGUGUGUGCAUGUGGGAAAUAUUGAUGAUGGGCGUAAAACCGUUUCAGGGGAUCAAAAACAAUGAUGUUAUUGGUAAAAUAGAGAAUGGGGAACGUUUAGCAUUGCCUUUAAAAUGUCCUCCAAGAUUGUACAGUCUCAUGUCACAAUGUUGGUCUUUUGAACCAAGCAAAAGGCCUACAUUUAAAGACGUCAAAGAAGUGCUAAAGUAUAUCAAAACCAAACAUAUUUAUAACAAUAAUUAUUAACAGACACAUGUUUUUUUUUUUAUUUCAGUGAGAUAUUAAUUGAAGAGAGACAUCAACAAAAAGAAACCCUCAAGCGGGAAAACCGAAGAGUGCAUACUUUGUCUUGGGGUGUGUAAAAAAAACCUAUUAUAUUUGAAUGUAAGUGUGAACUUUGUGACGCUACUAGAUUUUUCUUUUUGUUUAUAAAGGAUCGAGCGGUUCUUUGGACGACCCAUCAGCACCACCCAAACCAUCUCGUCAAUUGAGCUUAGACCAUAACAACAAGAAUUCCGAUUUACCAGUUUCCACAUACAUAGUUGCACAAAAUGCUGAAGUUUUAGCUCACUUGUUGAAAGAAAAUGAACAACGCGGAGUCAACCCUUCAGUGUACACAACACCAGCGACUGGAUUCAAUACGGUAACAGUAGAUUUUCUUAAUGACAUUGAUGAUGACAAAACCAUUUCGGCCGGAAACAGUAUAUUGAGCAUGGACUCUGUGGGACUAAUCCCUAUGGAUGGUGGUGUUGCUGGCCAACCCUCCACUAACAAGACAUUACCUAGGAAUUUUACUUCGGGGGCAGCUUCACUAACAUUACCCAAUUCUUCAGAUAAAAGACGAUGUUCAGAUGGUAGUCUGGGUACAUGCGCUGCUGCUACUGCGACCGGUGGAGGAAUAAAUAAUGAGGUUCAUGCUUUUUGCAUGAUCGUGUGGUGUAUCCAAUGGUUGCAUGGUUAUAGCUUAGUAGAUUAGUCUUCUACAGUAUUAUACACAUUUUAUAAAAAGAUUUAGACAGUUGGUUGUUUUUCCCUUUUAGAUACAUUUUGAAAGAUGAAUUAUUAUAAAAUAUUUUUAUGUUUCACACAAUAUUCUAAAUAAUUUCAUGUUGUUCACGUAGAUUAGUCAAAUAAUUUAUUAUGACUGUCAAUAAAUAAUUAUUUAUAUUAAAAACAUUUUACUGACUUGUAUUAUUAAAUUUUAGGGUGCUAAACAAUUUGGGAACAACUCUAUUGGUAUCUAUAAUAAUGAACCCCUAUCUGAAAUAGAACAAUUGGAACGUAAACUAAGACAACAACAAAUUGAGACUGAGAGAGAUAACUUAUGGCUGGCUGAAGAAGAAACUAAUUUAGUAAGAAGUAGUUUCUUUAACCCCAUUUAAUAUAUUUGUAGUAUUAAAUAUAAAUUGUAUUAUUACAGAAAAAGAGACUGUCAUUAGUAGCAAGCACAUCAGAUAAUGAAUCUAUCGAUGGAAGAUCUUCAUUAACUCCUCCUUCAUCUCUAGAUAGAAGCACCAAGACUAAACCUACUGAAGAACGCGUGGUGGUAGUAAAGGUAGGUUUCUAAAUGAAUAAUAAAAUUAUGACAUUUAUAAAACUAGAUAUUACCCUAUAGAAACUUGAACCUACGCCAACUGCCGAUUUAAACAGAACUAAUGACAAAGUGUAUGAAUGUACCACACUGGUUGUUAAAGCUGUUAUGACUCUUUCACAAGGUUGAGAAAUAAGAACGUUUAAAUAUAUUUUUGAAUUUUUAAAAAUACUAAAUGUAUUUACUUAAUUUAUUUGUAUUUAUAGGGGUACAACAGAAUCAGACUGAUCGAUAUUUAGAAUUAGUCAAGGAAGUGGGUCUUCAACUCAGAGCUUUAUUGACGAGUGUGGAUAGCCUGGUGCCAUAUUUUCCUCAAAGUGCUCACAAACAAGUAAAACUGAUAUUAAAAUUAAUAGUAAAAAAAACAAAUUUAUUCAAAUUUAUUUUAUUUCGAAUUAGGUGGAAAUGGCACAUAAAGUUCUUAGCAAAGACAUGGCAGAAUUAGUCAACGCAAUGAAACUUGCUCAAAAUUAUUGCCAUACUGCUGUUGACUAUUUAUACAGCAAGUAAGUUACACAAAAUUGUACAUUACAAUGUAUAUUAGGUUCAUAUUUAAAUAAUAAUAAAAUCUGAGUAAAGUGGUUAAGAAACUAUCACUUAACUGUAUUUUUUCUUAACACUUCUCUUUAAAAUCUUUUUCAAUUCAAAAAUGAAUUAUACAAUUAUAUUUUUUUGAUUUUGAAAAAUUAACAAUCAUGAUAAUAUUUGUCCAGUUUCUUUCAAUAACUCAGAAAUCACCAACUAGAGCCAAUCUUAAAUUAAAUAAUUAAGGCUCAGUUGUACAGCUCCGUGGUUAAACAGUGAUUAUUAUUAUGUAUUAUAUAUAUAUGAUUUUUAUUUUGUGCUUGAUAUUCUCAGUAUAUUCUGUUGGUGUUUUAAGAAGUAACUAUAUUGUUAUUUCAUCAUAAUUAUUUACAAGCGCUGUAGCAUACUUCCAUAUUCAAUAUUCUGGAUUAUGUUUUACGUCAUCUUAGGAGGAUUUUUUAUUUCUUAUUCUGAAAUUGUGGUUUAGUUCUGAUGUUCGUAAUAAAUUUCUAGCUGCUUUUUUUUCUUGUUGUACUUUCAACAAUAAUCUGCAUUUGACGUCAUAUUAACUGGAUCUGAAUUAUUUUAAUUUUUUUUUUUUUUUGUAGGUAAAUUGAAAUAUUGUUUUUAACAUUAAAACUAUUUGAUGUUGCAUUAAUAUCUUGGUUUAUUAGUUGCAAUAAUUGUCAACAUUUGUUUUAAUGGUAGUUUAAUACAAUAUUACAAUAUUUGCAUUAUUUAUAAUAAUCAUUAUACACAAAUUAAAAUUUAUUUAACUGAUAUAUGUAAUAGAACAAAAUAUACUGAUUAAAAAUUAUUAUUAACAAAAUGUCUCCAUUCAGAAUCAUUUGUUUUCUUGCAUUUAUUUAUAGUUAUACAAACUAAAUCACUCUUAAAUUUUACCUUCUCAACAUCAAUAUAAAGUAUAUCCAAACCUUAUGAGUUUUUAUAUAAUUUAUAAAUAAAAAUAUUUUCCACAGGGAAAUGUUGUCUUCAGGUCACAUAUUGGCUAUGGAUGCCAAAAACCUGUUAGAUGUUGUUGACUCUGUGCGUAUGCAGUAUCCUGAAGUUGAAGCAAUAAUCAGAAGUAGACAAUCUGAAACAGCCAAAGAAAACCAACCUGGUGUAACCACUUCAUAGUAGUACAUUUAUAGCAUGCAUUCCUCCUAAUCCAUUACGCAUCUAUUAUACACCAAUAAUUUAUUUUUUCAUUUUUUUAUUUUUUAAUGUAAUAAUUAAUCGACUGCCUAGUGAUUUUUUUUUAAACUAAAUUUGUAAAUAAUAUAUUAACGGGAGGUAUUUUUAAUUUUUAGUGAUUUUUAUUCUCAGAUCGAACUCAACGUCAAUAAUGUUUUGUAUAGAUAUGUGUGAAUGUGAUUAAAACACACCAUACAUAUAUUAAGUACAAUUUAUAAUGCUUUUUGUUGUUCAAAUUUUAAAUUAUUCGUUCCUUUUAUAAUUUUUGGGUGUGUAUGUGAAAAAUUAUUUUGAUCCCAUUCUUACUAGUCAUAAAAUAUUUAUUCAUAAAUAAUAUUGUAUUAUUAUUUACGUAAUUUAUUUUCCAAAUAAUUGGAAUCAAAUAACCAUAUCUAGUGCAUAAAAACUGUCUAUUUUUUUUAUAUAUAUAUAUUUAUAUAUAUAUAUAUAAUUUUAUUUUUUACUCAGAGUGAUAUGCAUGUAUUAAAAUUAUACCAAUUAUUAUUUUAGAGUUAUAUGAAACAAACGUGCAAAUUAUUACUUUUUUGUUUUUUUUAGUGAUUAUAAAAAUGCUGAUAGGUUUUCGUUCAUUAAAAAUCUAAUUACACAUCAUCUACAUAAAAACAAAAAGGGAAAUAUAAAUGUGAUUCAAUUUAGUGUUUUACAAAACAAUUAAUUAUUAAAAACAUUUUCUAUUCAUAUAAACUUUAUUUUUGUAAUGUUAUGUUUUUCGUAGCUAUUUGUUGAUUGAAUAUAUAAAAUAAACUUUCAUUGAAUAAUAAAAUAUUACAAUUUUUCAAAUUAGUAUUUUGUUUUUAUGUAUUUUUGUAAUUUACAUUAAAUAUAAUUGUUAAAUAAAAUAAUCUAAAUUGUAUAAAUGACAUAAUAAUUGAUAUCAUUUUCAAUGGUUUUCCAGUUAAAAUUAUACAUUAUUAAAACAAUAAAAUAUUUAUUAAACGAGUUUAUAAAUUUAAAAAUAACAAUGCUACUAAUUAAUUUUACUUUUAAAUAUCUUUUUAGAUUAUUCAAUAUAUAUAAAUAGUACCUACAAUACAAUAAUAUAGAAAAAGAGCGGAAACCUUAAUCCUUUCCCGUUUUUAGUAUUAUUUCUCAUAUAAUGUGAUUAUACAUAUUUUUAAACGCUCAAAUGUUAUUAUUUUCAUACUCUGGUAAUUUAUUAUUGUUUUGUUUUUUUUUUAUAUAUAUAUAUAUAUAUAUAUAUAAAUAAUAAUAUAUAACAUUAAACCAAUACAAGUAAAUUUUUCUUAAGUUUAGUUAGAAAGCAAAAUAUUAAUGUAUUAACAUAAGUUAAUAGGCAUGAUUUGAGUGAUUUAUUGACUCAAUG